AUAAUCGAUGCACAACUGUCACUGUAAAUAUCACACGAUUCAGUAACACUGUUCAUGACGCAGCACAUGAGAUUAAUUGACGAUUUAGUCAUAACAUUUGUACGGCCAGCUUGACAAUAGAAUGACGUUUGUUGUCGACUCCCUAGCCUUGGAACGCGGAAACAUAUUUUUUCAAGUAAAUUUUGACAGUCAAUUGUAUUGUGAAUGAAGCCAUACAAAAACGACAAAGCAAAUAUGUUUCGUCUUGUUGACAGUGAAUCCAAACUGAAAAACUCUAAUAGGGCACUAUGGUCACAAAAUAAGUCAACCUAGACUUUACGAGCUCAAAGCUAACGCAGAAGUAGAUGACCGUGCUUCACUCACCUAGUCUGCUCUAAAGACAUUCAGCUCAGGAAGUUCUAGCCUUCAUUAUGAAGUGAAAGAACAGAAGAUAUGUGGAUUUGAGGAUUUGGGUACACUUGCACGGCAGCAAAGAAAAAGCAAAACAUGGUCUUGUGUUUAUGGUAAGAGGGAUACAGAAAAAC